AACUCGUAUCCCGUGGAAGCAACGACGGCAGCACCUUAUCGACCGCCGUCGAUACAAUAAGCAAUCAAACCCAGUUGUUCGACCUACCUCUUCCCAUUUUUGACGAGAAAAAUACUAAAGUUUGCACGUUCGAUAGCUUCCAUUGCAUCGGUUUUGCAGCUCUGUACUGCGUUUCGCCCCAGCAAGCAAUCGAGAUUUCGUGUGUGCUUCGCAUUGGAUGCAAAACAGGAAUAAAAACAAAUCUGCCGAAAUUUUUCAGGUACAAUUCACUACUGCUUCUACGACGAAGAAUUUAGCACGAUCGCGCGUUUCACGUACAAUUUUUAAAUUUGUUGCGAGAUUCCAUCCUUCUUCGUCGGCAAUAUUAAGUACACAAGAAUAUUAAGUACACAAGAACCCACAGCACUGUACCUCCGCAGCGAAAGCGAGGAUUAUCAUUAUCAUCGCAGGAGUCACAAACUGAUUUGUAUUACAUCUUGGCGAUAGGACUACUUCCAACAUGAUCACUGAGGUACCCACAAGCUCAUUUCCCGAAACGGAAGGUAGCAGCACAAGAAAGCCUCGAGCAGCGCAACAACAACAACACAGUAUUAAUAUCACAUCGAUAGGACACCUUAACAGCUAUCGUUCACCGUCACCUUUCGGGAGUGCGUUAAAGACACCUUUGAAAAGUGGAAGUAUAAUGAGGACGAGAAGUCUUGAUGAUCAUCACCAGGAGCAGCAAAAGCAGAUAAAUUGCAAUCCCCCCUUAUCGCAAGACAUUGAAAUGACCGGAAAUAGCUUUUGCGAGGGAGGAUCCGCAUCUUCGUGUUGCAACGACGACAAGGACGAAGGCACAACUGUAGCAACCGCGUUGCAUUCUUCCUUUGACAUUUCUUUGCUGAGGGGGGGUGGAGCAAGUUGCAGCAGCGGAGAUCUUACUCUUUUUGAAAACGGACUCGAUGAGGAGGAAGGAGACAGCCAAGUUAUAAUACAUACGAGGAACUCGUGUUUUGAUCCAGGAGAUCUUACACCGUCGGCCAAAAGCGAUAGCAUUCAUCACCAUUACCAGAAACUGCGGCAACCGAAGCUAUCGUCCGCAAAGGAAGUGAGCUACAUCGAUCUGAAACCACCAGCUACCGUUCGAAAGCCCAAGAUCUCGGCAAAAAGUCGGAAGGACAGACGAAGGAGCAGCGACACCGCAACAACCGUCGGAACGCAUCUAUCGACAGGAUCGUUUGCCUUUCCCAUGUCGAAGACUCCCGCUCGCACCCCCGGGAGACCGCUGAGGCACGGAAAGAACACCAAUGCCAGAACUCCAGGAAAACCAGCGGGUUUGCACCGAAGUCCGGCUCCCUCUUCUACGGCGAAACGGCGCAGAGAUCCACUCGCCCAUCCCGCACGGCUCUCGCCCAUGAGGCGGUAUGGAACAUUAUCUCCCUCUUCGUGUGCCGCUACUCCUGCUGCGAACACUCCCACGAAAUCUCAACCUCCCCCGCCCUUCAGUCUAUCACACCCGGCUGCCCUGGCCGGGAAGGGUGGAGCCGACAAGAUUCGUUCGCUAUCUACACAAACACCGAUACACCAAAACCUAUCGAGCGAUCCUCAUGGGGCAUUUUUGAAGAAGCUUCCUUACCACACGGGAACGGCAGCUGGAGCAACACCCCUCGAAACAACGUUUGAAGUAGAUGGAGACAGUGUAGAUACGAAUUCUCCGGCUCGAUUCCGUUUUACUUCCUUUCCAGCCUCUCUGCCUCGAGUGCAUCACGCGAACCAUUAUCCUAGGUCAACGCCACCGGUUUGCCCGGGAUCGGUUCGAAAACGAAUGUCAUUUGAUACCGAAGAAGAGAAUGCGAAUACGGAAGAUGCCAAAAAUACAGCGACAGAACAUAUCGACGAUGAGAUCGAGAACGAUCCAGUUGGACUUAAUUACUCCAUUCACGAUGCUGUCAAUCAAUCGAAAGAUGAUGACGGGACGCACAACACCAGCCUCAGUAGUUUGUCGGUGGACGGUGGUCACCACCAGCACUUGCCUCACCUUCCGCAUCAACACCCACCUCAUUUUGCAUCGGUUCCAAUGAAAAAUUUAUUGCUCUUCCCCGGAGAGCAAGAUGACGAGAAUCGUCAAAACGAGCUUGGAACCAAUAUGUUUGGAUAUAGUGACGACGAGGAAGACGAUGUAUCCUCUAAGUUCGUUGGUGAAGAUAUUCGAACAAGUGCUUCCCCCGACCAGGAGGGUACUGUGAGAAGGACUCGAUUGAAUUUUAAUGUGUUUUUGAGUCCGUCGAGCGACAAGAAAAACCUUGAAAACUCACAAGAAAAUGGAUUCGGUGGCGACAGGCAAAUCCAACUGAUGUCAAAUGCUGAUCUCUCUCGACCCUACGAUCCUCAGAACCCAAUCCACAGCUUUCAUUCGUCGCUUUCUUCGCAUACGCAAAUCAACGCCUCGGCGCACACGAACGAAGAGAACCUCAUGGUCGGAACGUCAUCCUCUUCCAUGAGCCCACCGAGGGCAUCGGUUGUGAAGAAUGUCAACAGCAAUGCCAAUAGCCUUCCAAGCACACCAAGGGAGGUUCACUUGCACUUUCCCCCCGAAUCGGAAUGUUCACCAAUUCUUGGUGUUCCGAAGCAUGAUUUUGUUGAGCCUCCAUCGUGUUCCAGAGCACUGAUGCUGAACCGCCAGCAGCUCGAGACAAUAUCUUCCGUUCGUAAGAAUGGCACUUCCUCUCCCAUUCAUUCUGCGUCAAAGCAUCUUUCACACCAAAAAGAAGAUAGCACUUCUUCCAUCUCCUCGUCCUCCGAGUCAACCACAACAACACAAAAGAGGCGUCUCAGACCGAUGCCCGACAUGUCCGCGUUCGAGAAUGUAAAAGCGUCCAGCACACGGCCAGCCGAUCGGUCGAUUGAUGACAACAAUACCGCGACCGAUAGUCGUGGGGCCGGUUCGCUAACUCGAAGAGAACGGGCGUGCCCGCCAACUCCACAGCGCACGCCCGCAUGGGCCAACGAUGGAGGAGGCCGCCCUAUCUUCCCUACACGCAAACAAAACUCGCUCAUCAUGACAAAGGUUCUUUUGUCGUGCCCCUCGCAAGUUUUGGAAGGAAGAUCUUCUCUGGAAACAUCUGUUUUAGACGAGGACAGCAAGCAUAGUGGCAGCAGAAAUUCCUUUUCGAACAGUUGCGAUUCUAUAAACUAUCCGAAUGGAGAAGAUAACCAAAAUCUUCCUGAGAAGUCAACAAACGAAGAUGGAACCACGAAUAUGGACGUCGAGAAAUGUGAACAGCCACUAGGAUUAUCUACCUUAUCGACAGGCAAUGCCCACGAAGAACGCAAAGUAACGCACGAUCAGAUCGCUGCGCCGCCCAAGCUCAUGCGUCGACUUCCGUCUAAUCCAGAUAUCAAUGCUGUGAUUUCCUUUUCAGACGAUUUUGAAAUUCUUGGUAGUCUCGGAAGUGGUACAUUUGCCGACGUGUACAAGGUCCGCCAGAAAAGUGACGACCAUCUCUAUGCUGUCAAGCGCAAUCGAAGACAAUUUCGAGGGAAACGCGACCGGGAUGUGGCCUUGGCGGAAGUCCAAUCCAUGCAACGUCUCCAAAGCGUGUUUGCAACAAGCAAUGCUUCUGGAGAAAGAAACCACUCGGAAAAUUCUAACAACUCCUCGUCCGAUAGCAAGAGAAACUGCUACAGUUUAUAUCUUCUUUUUUUCUAUCGAGCUUGGCAAGAGGAUGGAUACUUUUACUCGCAGACUGAAUUGUGUUGCCGAGACACAUGUCGUGAAUUGUUGGAUUCACUCCGCUUUCUCUGGAAUUCUGCUAAGAAGAAAUACCCAAGACUUGUGAAAACACUCCCUCCACCUUCAGGUGUCGAAGCCGGCAGCAGUAUGGAUGCCUUUGGCCGUCUAGUACCAAACUUGACGGUAUGGAAGAUAUGCCAUGACAUUUCGGCUGGAUUAUCACACAUUCAUUCUCACGGAAUCGUACACCAAGACAUCAAACCCUCCAAUAUAUUCUUUGUGACAAACGCUCGUUUUGGAGCGAUGUGCAAAAUCGGAGACUUUGGCCUGGCGGGAAGCAUUGGAAGCUCUGGUGAGGGCCAAGAGGGUGACACGAGGUACAUGCCUCCGGAGUUGUUGGCUUCUGCAACCAGGCACAGCAGUUCGGAUAUUUUCAGCCUUGGGCUCACUCUCUACGAAAUUGCAAUGGACGAUCAUGUCGAGAUGCCAUCGGAAGGGCCGCGAUGGCACCAGCUGCGAUCCUCUGAUGAACCAAAGCUACCCGCUUGUCGCGGUGACAACCUCCAGCGUUUGUUGCAAUGCAUGACGAAUCCCGACGAACGAAAGCGUCCAACCGCCGAUACUAUCCUAGAGAAUACAAACGUCAAAAUUGCUGGGCAUGAGGUGGACACGUUUUUGCAAAACUACAUUAGAGACGUCGAAUCGUUCGAUAGGCAAGAAGAAGAGCGUCUUGCCAUGGAGAGGUCAGACGAUCAGACCCCACGAAAUGACCACCGAUCCGCUGCCGUGAGAAGCCCGAGUUUGUCCAUGCUUCUCCCCGUAGCACCAUGCAUGUUUUCACCACCGUCCUCGAAAGUCAUUCAUUCAUAAAGCCAAAAAUACAUAAUUCAUAAUGAUGCAUGCAGCAGGAGCUCGCGUGCAGAACCAGAACUGAAAAGAUUCCACGUAGAGAACCUGUCUGCAUUUGUGACAGAGAUACAAUUUUGUCCUUCUUGUUUCACAACUCAAUACACUUACACCUUUAGUUAGUAGAAGUAACUAAUAGAAACGAUUACAGCAC